CUCUGAGAUUCCAUGGAAACCUCCGUGCCAGCGGUUGCCCAACAACACGGUGCCCUCUAAAGGACAAGCCCGCGGUGACUCCGCCCGCCCCGUCCCGGGACCCGCACCGCGGGGAGCACCCCCAGCCCCGGGGGCAGCCGGCCGUGCCCGGGAAGCGCUUCCCGUGCAGCGCCUGCCGGGAGGGAAGGAAGGAAGGAAGGAAGGAAGGUCGCAGGGGCGGAGCCGCGAUCCCCGGCAUGGCCGUGGUCGCCGCCGCCCGCCGCGCUCUGUCCGCGCUGCUGCUGGGCCGGGGCCCGGCGCUGCCGCCCGCGCUGCGCCUGCCCCGGCCCCGGCCCGCCCCGGCCCCGGCCCUGCUCCCGCUCCCGCUCCCGGUCCCGCUCCGCGCCGCCCUCCGCGCAUACAGCCAGGUCACCGAUGCUCCGUCCCACGAAGGUCGCCUCUCAGAGGAGAAGCCCGCCUCAGCCAAGGCGGAGAGCGACACUGUCUACCUCGUCAGGGCAGAAGGAUUCCCGUUCUCGUGCACCGAGGAAGAUGUCCUUACCUUCUUUGAUAGCUGUAGAAUUCGAAACGGUGAGAACGGGAUACACUUCCUCUUAAACAGGGAUGGGAGGCGCAGGGGGGAUGCCCUGAUCGAGCUGGAGUCCAAGGCAGACGUGCAGAGAGCCCUGGAAAAGCACCUGAGGUACAUGGGCCCACGCUACGUGAAAGUUUUUGAGGUGCACGACAGCGACGUGGAGGGCUUGCUGCGGAGCCUGCGGGACGAGUCGCAGGCCAUGAGCGACGGAGUGGUGCUGCUCCGAGGCCUGCCCUUCACCUCCACCGAGGAGGACAUUGCAGAGUUCUUCUCAGGUCUGAAAAUCACAGACAUAGCUUUCAUUUACCGGGGAGACAGAAGAACAGGAGAAGCUUUCGUGCAGUUUGCCACUCCGGAAAUGGCAGCUAAGGCCCUGCUGCGGCACAGGGAAUAUAUGGGAAGCAGGUACAUAGAGGUGUACGUGAGCAGGAAGCACCAGAUGCAGAGGCACAUGGCCUACAGCAGGCAGCUGACGGCCUAUUCCAGGGCGAGAAGAGAGUACGAGUCCGUCUCUGAGGACAGGGGCUGGAGAGACACCGCAGGCUCCCGUGCCGAAGGAGACAUCAAAAGCUCCAGGAACGUUUCAGAGUCUGAGGAUGCCUCAUCACCACCACAGCACUUUGUCCACGUGAGGGGUUUUCCUUCCCAAGCUAGUGCCCAGGACAUAAUAAAUUUUUUUGCUCCGCUGAGGCCCACGAGGAUCUUGGUGGAAUAUAACUCCCAUGGAGAUGCCACAGGAGUGGCAGAUGUACACUUUGAGAGCCACGAGGACGCAGUCGCAGCGAUGGACAAGGAGGGGUCACGGAUGGAGUGCAGCGCCAUUGAAUUGUUCCUGAACAAACAUCCCAAGGGACAGGAGAACUGCUAGGGACAGCGGCACAGGCGCAGGUUUGGCCAAGUGAACACAUUCCGUGGAUAUGAGCGUGAAGAUCAGGUCCAAGUGUCACCACUCAGCGAGGAGGACAAGCGAAGAUUAGUUCAGCCUUGUGUAAGAGCUUGUAAUAAAUGUGAUGGGCUGUGGGGAGUGGGCUGUGCACAGCACCAGCAGCAGCUGCAGUGGGAAUGGCCAAGGCUCCAGGUGGAGCAGCUCAGGGCUCCAGGUGCAUCAGGCUGCAUUAAUAAAACACCAGGAUUGCCAA